AUGACUUCAAAUUUACCAACCGUAGAUGAAAUUCAACAAAUAAUUUCAAAAUUAAAGAACCAACCAUGUAAUAAAAUUUGUUUUGAUUGUAAGGCACGAAAUCCAACAUGGGCCACAGUUACCUAUGGAGUAUUUAUUUGUAUUGACUGUUCAGCUAUUCAUAGAAAUCUUGGUGUACAUAUUACUUUUGUUCGUUCAACAAAUCUAGAUACAAACUGGACCUGGCAUCAAUUACGUGCAAUGCAAGUUGGUGGAAAUGGUAAUGGUACUAAAUUUUUUAAAGAAAAUGGUUAUGAAAUAACUGAUAUUAAAAUAAAAUAUAAUAGUCGUAUUGCUACAAUGUAUCGUGACAAAAUUAAUAAAAUGGCUAUACAUGCUAAUGAAACAUCUGGUGGAAAACUUUUUAUUGAUACUUUUAAUAAUAAUUUAAUAGAUGGAGAACAAAAUAAAGAAGAAGAUUUUUUUUCACAAGAAUUUAAACCUGCUGUACAAGUAAUAAAUAUACCAAAAAAGUUGAUUAUUGAAGAAAAGAAAAUAAAUAAUGAAUUAUUGGAUGAUAGUUUAGCUAUUGCAUCGCAAUCAGUAAAGUCUUCUGUUAUAAAAAAACCAAUAAAAAAGAUAUCUCUUGGAGUUAAAAAAAAUCUAGGUGCCACUAAAGUAAACAAAAACUUUGAUGAAGUUGAAAAAGAAAUUAUAGAGGCUGAAAAAAAAUCAGAGGCAUCACAAAAAUUACUUGAUAAAAUUUAUGUUAAAAAAUUAGAUAAUAAGUUUUCAAUACUAAAUUUAGAAAAAUAUCAAACAAUUAACAAGAAUAUUAAUAAACAUUUAGAAAAUGUAAAAAAUGAUCCAAAGAAAGGGGAGAUAAUUGAAAGAUUAGGUAUUAGUAAUGUUCAAAAUUAUGAAAUUUCUCAUAAUGUUUCAUCUGGCAUUUUUGUUAUUAAUAAAGACAACGAUAUACCAAAACAAUCAAAAAAUCAAAUAACUUCUAAUUUAUUUGAUACAAAUAAAUAUAAUCAAUGUUUAGAUGUAAGAAGUAAUGAAAGCUAUAGUUUUAAAAAUAAAUAUGAUAAGCAAUUAAAUUCUAGUUAUUCUCCUUUAUCUACCACUACUUCUGAUUUACAGGCUAUAGAAGAAAGAUUAAAUAAAUUUGUAAAAUCAAAGUCAAUAUCUUCAGAACUGUUUUUCAAUAACAAUCAUGUGGAUGAUGAAACUCGUGGGAAAAUGAAAAAUUUUCAUGACGCUAAAAGCUUUGGUAGUGCUGAUAUUUUUGAUGAUAUUAAAUCCAGUUAA